AUGCAUAUCCCAGAUCAGUAAAGGAAAUAAAUCACACAAUGCUGCUCAAUAUUUGCAGUUGUUUUAUUUGUAAUUAUAUUAUUUAUAUCUUGGGAUACAGUUGAAGUUGUUCACUAUGGGCUACUUUGUAAUUCAAUAAGUAAAGCUUGCUCUCAAAAGUCUGUUUAUGGUGCAGGGAGACAUUGGGUUUGGCCUACAUAUUAUUUUAUUUAUUUUCCAUCAAAUUUACUUACAAUUGAAUUCUCUGAUUCAGCCAAUGCAAAUCCUCCCCUAAAAACAAGAACAGCAGAAGGUUUAAGUUUAGAACUAUUUUUAUCCUUCGAAUUUUAAUUGAUUAAGGAAGAGAUUCCUCAACUUUAUAGUAUGAAUAAUUUAGAAUAUGAAAGAACAUUUAUCCGUAUAGCAAGAGAUACAAUAGUGCAAAUAGCCAGUACUUUCGAAGCUAAUGAAUAUUGGACAAAAAGAAAUAAUGUAACAUAGGCUAUGAAAAAUGAAUUAACAAUAGAAUUGAAAAAAGCUCAUGCAAAAUGUGUAUUUUUUUAACUACUUAGAAUCGAUUUACCUGACUCAUAUGAAAUGUCAAUUGUAAAUACACAGAUUGAAAUGUAAAAUAAAAGAACUAAAUAAUUUGAACAAGAAGCUACAAGGAUAUUGAAAGAAAUAGAAGUUUUAAGAUCCGAAACAGAAAAAGAAAUCAAAACAUUAAAUGCUGAAGCCCAAUCAGAAUCAUAUUAAAUCCUUAAAAACUCUGAAGCAAAGGCUAACUAGUAUGUAUUAGAAGCAGAAAUUGACUCCUUCUCAGAUGCAGCAAAUUAAAAUAAUUUAGACUUAGAUGAUGAUGAACUCAAUGACUACAUUUAUUAUACAUCACUUAUUAAAAAGAAAAAUGCAAAGAUUCUCGUAGGUAUGGAUAACAUUCAGGCUAGAAUAGAUAGUGAUAACUGA